UUUAUGCAACUUCAAAUACAUGAGUGUAAGCAAACUAUUAGCAAAAAAAUUGACAGAAUCGUGAAGAGAUGAUUAAUACAUUGAUCUUUGUUUUGUGUUUGGUGACCAUGAAUGCUAGUCCUGUAGUUCAUGCUAUUGAAAAUACAUUCAAAGAAGAUUUGGAGCUAGAGCGACAACUAAAGCUCAUUAACAAACCUUCUGUCAAAACUAUUCAUACAAAGCACGGAGGCAUUGUUGAUUGUAUUGAUAUUAAUAAACAACCUGCCUUUGAUCAUCCUUUGCUUAGAAAUCAUAAACUCCAGAAAAAACCCAACUUUAAAAGACCAAUUGGAAAAACAAGUGUGAAAAAAUGGUCUGGACCCAAAUUUCAACUUGAUAAACACCAUUGUCCUACAGGAACUGUUCCUAUUCUUAGAACAACAAAAGAAGAUCUCGUUCGAGAAAAAAAUUUAUUAAAUAUUAGUAUUUUCGUCCGAGAUAAUCCUGGUGUUCAUUUUGCAGAGGUAGCUGUCUCAUCAAAAUUUGGUCCAUAUUUCAGCGUUUCAGGAACUAAUAGUAUUUAUAAUCCAUACGUCACUAAGGGUCAAAUGUCCCUUUCUCAUAUAUGGGUUCAAAAUGGACCAAUAAAUACUAAUAACAAAAUUAGUUUUGGAUGGCAUGUGUCUCCGGAAUUGUACGGUGACCAUGAUACUCACGUGUACUCAUCAUGGACGUCGGAUAAUUAUCAUAGGACGGGAUGCUUCAACAUACGAUGUCCAGGUUUCAUUCAAACUCAUAGAAGAUCAUAUCUUGGUUCACGUGAACCAAAUAUAUCAUCCUAUGGUGGACCAAUUUUUAAUUUUGAUAUUUCUAUUAGUCAGGAUCCAUCGACCAAAAACUGGUGGAUAGGUGCAAAUGGGAUUUAUAUCGGAUAUUAUCCAGCAAAAUUGUUCUCCAAUUUGGGUUCAGCAAAUAAAGUAGGAUUGGGAGGUAGGACAUUAACACCCCGUGGUUACAAUAGUCCUCCAAUGGGAUCCGGACAUUUUCCUGAUGGACAUUUUUUUCAUGCAAGUUUCUUUGAGUUGAUCUUUAUUCAAAAUACUUCAAGAAGAAAUUAUGGACCUGAAAAAUAUCAAAUAGAAAAAUACAUUGACAAACCUAAAUGUUUUGGUCUCAACUAUUACGGCAACCUUCAUCAAACCUUUGGAUGUGCUCUCCAAUUUGGAGGACCUGGUGGUAAUUAUGGUGAUUGAUUAGUUAAUAUAUCAUAAUAAUAAUUUUGAUAAUUUAUGUUUCUAUAA